AUGAGCACCAAGGACCGCCUCGCUCAGCCGUCUGGCGAGGUUCGGCGGCGGCCGACGUCUGUGUCCGGUCCUGCGCCGGAGUCGCCGGCUGCCAUUCAGGAUGUCUGCUCUUCGGAUGUCUCCGACGGCUCGGAUUCCGAGCAAGCUCCCAGUCUGGUAGACAACAUCACCUACCACGAUGGCGACACCCCGGCUGGCACUGAUCCCGCUGCUGGCAGCUUCCUUUCUGCCAUCGCCUACCAUGUGUCAUCUUUCUUUUGGAUUCUUUCAGGUGGAGCCUUCGCGUACUAUGGCGACUUCCCGGGCGUCAUUAUGGCCCCACUGGAGGCCGGCGUGCAGCCGCAGUUCUUCCUGGCCACUUGCUUUGGAAGCAUCCUCUUUACUUUGUCAAUCAUGCACAUGAUGUUCUUUGAGUCGGCCCCGACCCCACCGCCAGCCGACGGCGCCAAGGCAGGCACAAAGCCUGGAGCCAGCACGGGCGAGCGCCCCCCAUCAACCAUCGCUCGUACCGGGGCUCUGGACCCUGGAGCCAGCACGGGCGAGCGCCCCCCAUCAACCAUCGCUCGUACCGGGGCUCUGGGCCUGUGCGCGGCCAUUGUCUUUGCCCUACCUGCCUUCUGGCCGGUGUACGGUCUAUUGACCGGGCCGCUGCUGGCCUGUGUUGCGCUGGGUGCCAUGCAUGUACUCCUGUACCUGUCGCGCCUGGCCCCCGCCAGCUGGGGGCUAUGA